UUUUAAAAAUAUUUGGAUUUCCGAGCGCCCCAUGAAAAAAAAAAUGGAGGAAAAUCUCUUUCGCCGCCAGGCGAAAGAACCUCGGCGGCAGUUUCUGGAGGUGGAACAGUACAAGGAGAUGACCCCGGACGUGGCUGCUCGUGAGUGCUGCGGCGAUGCUUUUUGCGAAUUUGAUAGUCACACCGACGAGGCUUGGCUGAUGCAGUGCCCCAAGGGUACAGAUCCACUUCUGAUAGCCGGCAAGCGCAUAAAGCUGCCUGGGAGGAAGAGCAUAGGCGACCUCCAGGUGCGUGCCGUCAAAAACUCGACGUUGCAGAGCGAGGCAGUGGGCUAUAUGAGCUCCAAGGGUAUCUUUGCACUCCGGAGAAUACCCCUUGUCGGCUAUGUGGUAGUCAGCAAGCGACCAUAUAAUAAGCAACCACUAACAGGUCAGAAGGAUGAGCUCAUUCCCGCUGAUGUAUCGCCACCCAAGUACCUAUUACGAGUUCGCCAUCCCUUGUUCGGGCGCAGCUACAAACAUAGCAUCCAAUUACCAAAGAUGAUUUCAAUGUCUCUUUGUCAGGCAGACGAAAAAAAUCUGGAAGUCACUGCCAAGCUGUGGCGGACUGCUAACUACUACAAUAUCCGCAGCAAGUUGCUUACCACAACUCAAACGCUAGAACAAAAAGAGAACGAUGUGCGGCUGUCGGUGCUUACCGGUCGCACGCCACAGUUCAUGGAAGGAACCAUUAUCCCAGACCUUUUUGCCGAAAAGGAAAUUGAAGACAAAGUACUGACCCCGGCAGGCGGUCCCACCAAAAGACGAAAAAAAUAUAAUUUAGACCGUCACGAGAAAGGGGAAAGGGGACAAGAAAAAAAAGAAGCAUAAUUCAAAUCAAUAAAGAAGAAUAUAAAGCAGAA